UAGGUAGGGGCCGCUCUGAUCCACACUUCAGUCUGGAAGGUGGCGGUAAUGCACCUGAAGAUGGUUGCCAACCGCCAUUAAAAACAGCCGAAGAAGAAGACGAGGAAGAAGUUGGAACAGUUUACGCUGCAAAAACACACAGAAGGUUGCGACGUUUGCUGUCGUAAACAACGUCAAUAUGUCUAAACGAGCAGCGUACGGCUUACACUGAAAGCUAACUAACGUAUUUAGUUUUUGCUUCAUUUGGUGAAUUGAUCAUUGUAUUAUAUGGAGACCGAGAGUUUACUAUGAAACUCCGGGUGCAAACUGAUAGGAGUGAUUCCAGAAUAGCACUGAAGCUGAGGGAUUUCCCUACUAUAAUGCAGCCUAAUUCAAGUGAGCAGGGCGCUCAUGCAGGAAAUGGUUUAUCCCUAAUUCUGCAACCAGAGCUUCUAGCCAGGACACCUGCCACUAGUGCAGCUGCAGCCAGCCCUGGGAGCAAUGAGGUGUGGGUACCCAUGACAGGCGGGCCUGGGGACUCCAAUGGAGGCACAUCAUCCAGGAGGUCCAGAGUCAACUCCCGUGGUAACUCCCAUUCACAUUCACACGGGCAAAACUGGACACAGCACCAGUCCAAUUUGGAGCCUGAUCUUGACCCGCCUGACUCUGGUCUGGAUCCUGGAGAACCCAGUCCCUCCUUGUCCGAGCUUCGCUAUCUCUUCCGUUGGCUCCAAAAGAGUCUUCCAUUCCUCCUCAUACUGUGUGCUAAACUGGUCAUCCAACAUGCUCUUGGUCUGGCAGUUGGGGUUGGCCUCUUGAUGACCUUUUUAUAUGUGAAUAAUAGUAUCCAAACUCAAGUGUUUCUUCAGGAUCGUCACUCCAAGCCGCAGUGUGCAUGGCUGCUACUCUUCCUGACCUCUUCCACACUCCUGCUUUACUACACUUUUCUCACUGAAACACUUUACCAUUGCCUCAUCUUCUUCAGCCCAACCAUUGAGCCACUGGGUUUCUGGGAGGUUCUAUGGGCAGUUGGCAUUACUAACUUCAUAAUAAAGUUUCUUUUUAUGGGGAUUAAGUGCCUUAUUCUGCUGCUGCCAUCUUCACUAGUAACCUACAAAUCCCAGGGGAGGUGGCUCAUGCUUACCGAGGAGCUGGGUCAGGUCCACCAGGCCAUGGCUCCUGUUUCACUGUGGUUCCAAUACCUGGUUAUCUACCAGGAGGCCGAGGGCACUCCUGGACUCACACUGGGGGUCCUGCUGGCUUUACUCUACCUCAUACUAAAGCUUUUAGGAUUCUAUGGACAGUGGACGUCUUUACUGAAAACUGUGAGGAUAGUUCUGACGGGUGAGCAUACAGGCACAGCAGCCACUAGGAGUCAGUGCAGUGAGGCUGGAGACGUCUGCUCCAUCUGCCAGGGGGAGUACAGGGAGCCUCGGGUUCUACUCUGUCAGCACAUAUUCUGCGACGAAUGCAUCGCUUUGUGGUUUAACCGUGAGAAAAGCUGCCCUCUCUGCCGCACUGUGAUCACACAAAAGGUCUACAAAUGGAGGGACGGAGCAACAUCCCCACACCUGCAGAUUUAUUGAUCGAUAAGGCACAGGUGGGGAGCUUUCAAGUGUGGGACAUUGGUGUUAGCUUGCAUUUAAUAUGUGAUGUUUCUGUGGCUGUCAAACCACACAGGCAAGUAAUGCUGUACGCACCGAUUCAUUAACCAGCCGAGGGCUGUGCCCCCUGUGGGCUGAGGCCAGUAAGAACACACAACCUGCACCUGCAUUAUGUAUGUUUCUGGCUUAUUUACCAGUACACUCCUACUUGCCACUCACAGACAACUGCAAGUUGAUCAUUUUCAUGCCCUCGGAUGUUUUUUGAUUUGUCUGUGGUGUUUUUUUUUUUAUUCACCUUUUAAUCUUCAUAUAUACUUUUCUUAUGGGCAACAAAUUGUUCUACUUGCACAGUUUUUUCUACUUGUAACAUGUCCGUGCAGAUUCUCAGUCAUCCAGGUCAUAGUAAGCUGAAAAAAAACGUAGAAUAAUCAACUGGAC